AUGAGAGAUGAAACAUCAAACGAUGUAAAUAUAAAAAUAUGGUAAUUGUUGUUUCUGUAACAAAUAUCAUAGUCUUAUCAGAUUAUAUAUCUUUCCUAUCUCAUUUGGAACUUUGAUCCUUUAUAUUUGAUGUCAUAGUAUUGGCUGCUUGAUAUAUUUAUGUUAACAGCUUUGGGUCUAUUGAAAAUAAAAUAUAAAGCUAUAGUACAUAAUCUAAUAAUGGAUACAUUGAUUGGGAGUGUGCUCAAAUUAUUACUAUUAAUUAAUGUGAAAUAUUAUCAGCGAUUCCAAAUCUAAUAUUUUAGUUAUGCAAUCAUGGCUUACUACUUCAUCAGAGUGCUAGUUCAGAAUAUUCGGAAAAUAUCUAACAAUCAAUAAAUAACAUAAUACUCUUUCAUCGCUUAAGGAAUCAAAUUACUCUUUGUUCUAUAAAUAAUGCUGAUGACAAUGAAGCAAACCAAGACUAUCAAUUGGAAUUGGUACAGUGUAUUUAGUAUCUCUUGGGGGUUGUUGAUUCUAUCCUUCAUUGUAUAUUUCGUGUUCUUACUCUCCAUUGGAGAGACUAUCGUGGACUUCAUUAGGAAGAGAACAACCAAAACUCAAUUGAUAGGAGGCUUAUGGCUAUCGCUUUAUAUGAAUUCGUUCUCAAUAUUUCCAAUGUGGUUUCUAUUAGAAGUUAGUUGGCAUGAAGAAACCAACUAUUCAAAUACUUUGUCCACUCUAUUCUUAGUCUUAAUCAUUUACAACGGUCUCAUACUUUUGGGAUUAAUAUUAUUCUUUUCAUAUAUUAAAUUGUAUAUCAUUGAAAUGAGAUAAAACUCAUCUAAUGAAGCAACUCAGAAAGUUCAGAAGCAAUUCAUUAAAGUCAACAUCCCCUAUAAAAUCAUUCAAAUAUCAUCUACUUAUUUUGACAUCAUCAAUUAUUAGAAGAACAUCAUCACUGUUACUCAUAGCAAUCAAUCUGUGAUUCAUAAUAAAACUAAGUUGAAGGCAUUUGAAUUUGUGGGAAAGACAGAAUAAUUGCAAUCUCCCGCAGCUGAAAGGGAAUUAGAACUAAUCAAACACAGCGAAGAGAAAUGUCAAAUCUGUUAUGACGUAGAACCUAAUAUCGUAUUAUUGCCAUGUCAACAUGGAGGAAUAUGUGAAGAGUGCAUUUAAAAAUGGUUAGAAAAACAGAAAAAUUGUUACAUUUGCAGAGAAAAAAUUGAAAAGUAUCUAAGAAUUGCAAAAAGCCAUGAGGAAGGCAAAUUUACCAUACGUGAUAUAGCCAUUUGCGAUUGA